AUGCAGGCCUUUCUAAAAGGAGGUACAUCUAUAAGCACCAAGCCCCUCAAGGAGAAAACUUCUGCAACCAGUUCUGGAAAUGCCAGUGAGGGGAAGAAACCAAAACCUGUCCCAUGGGUGGAAAAAUACCGACCCAAAUGUGUGGAUGAAGUUGCCUUCCAAGAAGAAGUGGUAGCUGUCCUCAAGAAGUCACUGGAAGGAGCAGAUCUUCCUAAUCUUCUAUUCUAUGGGCCACCCGGAACUGGAAAAACAUCCACAAUUUUGGCAGCGGCCAGAGAGUUAUAUGGGCCUGAAUUGUUUCGGCAGCGCGUGCUUGAGUUAAAUGCUUCUGAUGAAAGAGGAAUACAAGUGGUUCGUGAAAAAGUGAAGAAUUUCUCUCAGCUCACAGUUGGUGGCAGCCGUCCCGAUGGGAAGCCUUGUCCCCCAUUUAAGAUCAUUAUUCUGGAUGAAGCAGACUCCAUGACAUCAGCAGCACAGGCUGCUCUGCGACGCACCAUGGAGAAAGAGUCUAAAACAACUCGAUUCUGCCUCAUUUGCAAUUAUGUCAGCAGAAUAAUUGAGCCUUUAACAUCUCGAUGUUCCAAGUUUCGUUUUAAACCGCUUGCUGAUAAAAUACAAACACAAAGACUUCUGGAUAUCUGCACAAAAGAAAAUGUGAAUAUUACAAAUGAGGCAGUAUCCCGUUUGGUUGAAGUAUCAGAAGGUGACUUGAGAAAAGCCAUCACUUUUCUGCAAAGUGCUACAAGACUUACUGCAGGAAAAGAAAUUACAGAUGUUGUGGUGACAGAAAUAGCAGGGGUGAUCCCUAAAGACACACUUAAUUCAGUACUGGCUGCUUGUCAGAGUGGACUAUUUGAGAAACUAGAAACCAUGGUUAUGAGUCUGAUAAAUAAUGGCCAUGCAGCAACACAGCUUGUAAACCAACUCCAUGAUAUCAUCCUUGAACGAGAGGACCUGACCGAUAAACAGAAAGCAGCUAUUGCAGAGAAACUUGCUGAAGUUGACAAAUGUUUGGUGGAUGGAGCAGAUGAAUACCUGCAAAUGCUCAGUCUUUUUGCAGUUGUUAUGCAACAGAUGACUCAAAACAACUAA